AUGGCCUCCAUCAACGACAUUGGCUCCAUUGAGGACAGCGUCCUGGUCCUGCCACCGGAUGUGUCAGCCAGUGCUUUCCGUGAGGUGCUGCUGGAGAUGGCCAAAGUUGUCGGGAACGACAAUGUGACCGUUCACACACGCCAGUCCAUGAAGCCGGACGAGGAGGGUCACUACUACAACCUUCCCAAGGAACAUGACUUGUUCUACAUCUUGGAGAAGGAACAUUUUCUCGCUGGAGCCGUUGUGUGCCCUGGAAGCACCGAGGAAGUGAGUGCUGUUGUCAAGCUCGCCAACAAGUACCUCGCGCCACUGUGGCCAGUGUCGAUAGGCCGCAAUCUCGGAUACGGCGGUGCAGCCCCUCGCCUUCGCGGGAGCAUUGUCCUUGAUCUCGGAGCCCGCAUGAACAAGGUCAUUGACGUCAGCAGCCGAGAUUGUACCUGCCUCCUUGAGCCCGGUGUCACGUAUUUUGCCUUGUAUGAACAUCUCCAGAAGAAUGGGUUUCAAAAUCUGUGGAUUGACAAUCCCGAUCUCGGUGGGGGCUCCGUCGUUGGUAACGCCCUCGAGCGCGGCGCCGGAUACACGCCUUACGGGGAGCACUUCUCCUUUCACUGUGGCAUGGAGGUUGUCCUGCCCUCUGGCGAGGUGAUGCGUACAGGCAUGGGCGCCCUGCCUGGCAACAACACCUGGCAAACGUUCCAGUACGGUUACGGUCCCUACCCGGACGGCAUCUUCACUCAGUCUAACUUUGGAAUUGUUACCAAGAUGGGUGUCUGGCUCAUGCCUGAUCCUGGUGGCUAUCAAGCAUACCUCUUCUCGUUCCCCAAAGAGACAGACCUGCCUGAGAUCGUAGAGCGUGUUCGUGCUCUUCGCAUCUCUGGUGUCAUCCAGAAUGCUCCUACCAUCAGAAACACCCUCAUCGACGCUGCCGUGUAUGGUCCGAAGAGUGACUACACCAGCAACAUGGACGUGCUUUCCAGCUCUGAGAUCGACGAAAUUGCCAGGAAGAUCAACGUAGGCCGGUGGAACAUCUACGGCGCCAUGUAUGGACCGAAGCCUAUGCGAGAUGUGCAGUGGGAAGCUUUGAAGGCGUCCUUUAUGCAGAUUCCCGGGGCCAGAUACGAGUUCCCCAAGCCCAGGGCAGAGGGCGAAAAACGGACCGUUCUCCACAUGCGGGAGGAAACCCUCAGGGGUUUGCCCAACACUUACGAGCUGGGCUGGCUCAAUUGGUCGUGCGAGAGGGGGUCUCUGCUUGGCUUCUCUCCCAUCUCGCCCGCGACGGGCUUUGACGCAAACAAGCAGUGCGAGAUGGUCAAGCGUCGGUUCAAGGAGUUUGGUUUCGACUAUAUUGGAACAUUCGUCGUUGGGUGGCGAGAGCUACACCACAUUGUCUGCCUGACAUUUGACAAGACCGACCCCAAGCAGCGCAAGAAGGCUCACCGAUGCAUUGAGCUCCUGAUCGACGACGCUGCAGCUGAGGGCUACGGCGAGUAUCGAACUCAUCUCUGCUACAUGGAUCAGAUCGCUAGCGUGUACAAUUGGAACGGAAAUGCCGCACUCAAAUUCAACCAGCAGCUCAAGGACACGUUGGACCCCAAUGGCAUCCUGGCUCCAGGGAAGAGCGGCAUCUGGCCAGCCCGCCUGCGGGGGAGGGGAUUCGAGCUGAAGAGGAGUAUCGAGCCUGGCAGGCUAUAG